AUGCUGUCUCCGUCGGACAGUAAGCGCAAGCGCGCGUCCUCGUCGCCAUUGACGCGUCCAGCUGCUGCUCGCCACGUCUCGUCUGCUGCCUCAUCCAGUCAUGCUGGGCCUCACUACAAGCGACGCAAGCAGCACUGGGUCCGUCUGCUGCUCCGUGAGCUCUACGAUCUGGACUACAAGGACGCAGCUGCGGCGCUGGAACGCGAAGCUGGCGUCCAAUUACGGUCUCGACCAAUGAAAACGCUGCAAGAGCUUGUGACGCGACAUGAGUGGGAUCAAGCGGUGCAACUAGUAACAAAACAGGGUGGGAUCGAAAACAAUGUCGAAACAAAAGUGGGUGCACAAACAAAAGUCGAAGACGACGAAAUACUGGAUAUGAAGUCGCCCGUAGCAGCGCGCGAGGCACUACUGCUGCUACUUCAGAGGAAAUUUAUCGACUUUUUGCUGGCCGGCCAGCUGCCAUUGGCGCUACGUACGUUUCAAGACGAGAUUUUGCCACGAUGCGAACCGAAUGAGGCUGAAGUAACGCGUUUAGCCGAGCUGCUGCUGUGUAAAGACGCUGACGAGAUGCAGCAAAAAGUUGCAAUUCGUUGGCAGGACGAGGAGCUCCAGCAGCAGAUUGAUGAGCUCGUCAGUGCUGAAGAAAUGAUCCCUGAAGGAGCGCUACGUAAACUGGUGCAAGAUGGGUACAAUAUGGAUCCAGAUGAGUCCUUGAUGACGCUCAGUGGACGCGUGGGUGGAGAAUGUGUGGCACUUCUCUCAAGUAGUAGCAAGGUUGACGUGUGGGAGCUGGCGUUCUCGCCUGAUGGCGACGUCUUGGCAGCUGCUUCGAGUGAUGGCUCAAUCGUGCUGUGGCAGAUUAGUUGGGUCGAUGAAGGGACGAGCUGUCAUAGUAAAACGCCGCUGUGUGUGAGUGAAACGCUGCACGUGCUGCAAAGCCUCGACGGAUCUGCUGACUGUCUUGCCUGGUCCCCAGACAGUCAAUUUCUGCUUUCUAGUGGGAGCCGCUCGUGGACCAUUCAGCUAUGGAAUCGACAGAGCGGAUUGUGCGAGAAACGCUUCCAGCAUCCCGGUAAAGUGGUCACUAAAAUACACUGGCUGCCCCGUGUGAACCAGUUUGUGAGUGGAAGUGCCGACAAGUCUCUUAUUCUAUGGGACGCAAACAAAGGCUCUAUAAUCCACAAGUGGAGUGAUCAAAGGGUACUUGAUAUUGCUGUGCAUCCAUUCGACACCAGGGUGUAUGUGCUGAUAUCAGGAUACGAGAUUCGCGUGUACGAUGUCGCACGCAAAUCGGACGAGCUGUUCCUCCACGCGAAACACCUCAUCUCCUGCCUAAGCAUAUCCCCGUCUGGCGAGUUUCUACUCGUGAACUAUAUCAAGCAAGAGAAGAUCGCGUGUGUCGAGAUUGCAACGGGAUCCAUCAUAGCCAGGUAUCGUGGAAUCCGUGAGCAGCGCUAUGUGCUUCGUCCUUGCUUCAGUGGAGCCCACGGCGAGCUUGUUGCGUGUGGAAGCGAAGACAGCAUCAUCUACUUGUGGCAAAAGGUCAACGGUAAACAAGUGGGCGAGUUAGACGGACACUCGAGUGUCGUGAAUGUUGUCGUGCGCCAUCCACUUCGGUCCAACGUGAUUGCUAGCGCAAGCGACGACAAGACGGUGCGUUUGUGGUCACUCAAGUCGCUGGAGUAG